GAGGCGAAUGUCAGGGUUGCCUCGGUUAUUUCCAUCCCAACCAUUUCUUCAUCCCAUAAGAGUCUAUCACGACGCUCUCAAGUGCAGCAACAACAAUACCCUCCUCUCUACCAUCCCAACUGCUACAAAAAAGAUCGGUCAGUUCCGCGAAAUCCCCUAUACUAAAAGGCGAUCAUGUACAUUCCGGCCCAACCCCACCAAGCAACCCAGUUCAACGUCUUCCUCCAAAACUUCUACUCGGACAAGACGAUGAAAAGAGUAUCUCGGCACAACUCCGCCUUGUCAAUCUCGUUACCAACAGAUCCAACGAUCACCUCAUCAUCGUCAGCAACAAACCGAUUCACAUCAACUACACCCUCAACAGCGCUGGAGCUUUCUGACCAGGUCGCACACAUUAAGAAGCUCGAGACCCUGACGAGGGAGCAGAAUACCGAGCUUAAGCAGUAUCGGAAACAACACAAGGCGAUUGAGGUAGUCGAGGAGGAGAAGAGGUCGCUACAGGCGAAGCUGCGCAAGAUGGAUGACUUGGAACGUCGACUGGGUGAGGCUGAGUUGAGAAUGCAGGUUCUAGAAGAAGAGCGCCAUUCGUGGACGUCCAUCGAGCCCACUGAAUUCUUCUUCUUCCCCUUCUUCCCCUUCUUCCCCUUCUUCCCCUUCUUCCCCUUCUUCCUCUUCCUCCUCUUCCUCCUCUUCUUCACCACCAGCCCUGACUCUUGACUUGGAACCAAUAGUACUAUCCGAGAGAUACGCACAGUCCCGAGCUUUCACAAGCUUGACUCCACCUACUUCGAAUGCAAACAGAUUAAUGGCAAGCAUGCUGCGAAGAGACAGUAUAGAGCUUUCACUCAUCCGGCUCAACAGGGCCAAGUCCUACUACUAGGCAAAUCGGUCUUUCAUACUGGGCCAGUGGGUUGUAGCGGUGGUUGAGAGUGCGGAAAACACGAGGGUCAUGUGCCAUGUAGGCAUGAAAGAUUUGACGAGAAAAGCGAAGAAGAACAGGAGCGAAAAUGGAGCAAAGGUGCUCAUACUUAGGUGGGAUUUCGAACAAAAGAUAAGCAGAAGUUGGAACAGACCCGCAGCGUGUGACGUAAACCAGUGAACGAAUGACUACACGGACGAAGCAUUGGUCUUCUUUUUUAAAAACAUAUUCUGG